UGAUACUGGCUGUCAACUAGACAUUGAGCCAUUGAUUACUACUCUCUGAGGCCAAUGGUCCAGCCAGUUUUCUAUCCACCUUAUAGUCUAUUCAUCCAGGCCAUACUUCCUCAAGCUUGCUUGUGAGAAUGCUGUGGGAGACCAUAUCAAAAGCCUUGCUUAAGUCAAGGUACACCACAUCCACCAGUGUCCCUGCAUCUACAGAGCCAGUCAUCUCAUCAUAGAAGGCAAUUAGGCUGGUCAGGCACGAUUUGCCCCAGGUGAAUCCAUGCUGACUGGUCCUAAUCACCUUUUUCUCCUCCAAGUCCUUAGAAAUGGAUUCCUUCAGGAUCUGCUCCAUGAUUUUUUCAGGGACUGAGGUGAGGCUGACUGGAUAUGGUCUCCCACAGCAUUCUUACUGUAGUUGCAUUAGAUCUUCCUGGCCUUUUGUGGUCUAAGGUUGAGUGUAGAGAGUAUCUGAAGUCCCGGACUAAAGAGUCUGGGAUGGAGGAUGCUUGCCUGUAGUAUUUGGAGCCAUCUGAACCCCAAGACCUCUGGGCUUGGGCCUGCACAUAGGAUGCCUGCCAAUGGAUUUAGGAGUAUCUGAAGUCCCAGGGUGAUAGGUCUGGGAUGGUGGAUGCUCGCCGGUUGUAGCACUAUACAUGGUGUUUAGAACAAUUAAGUUCUGCCUGCUUAAUCAAUAUGGUUUUUGGAACGAUUGCAUUCCGUUCAGUUGAUAUAAUUUGGAAGUGAUUUGGCUAAUUUGACCUGGAACAUGAAAUAUAUAUUUUUUUUUAAAUCUCCAGACAGGAGAGGCUUUUCCAGGCCAUCUCCUCAUCUGGAGUCACUGAGACAGGCGCGUUGUAUGCCGUGUGUCUCACCAGCCUGGGCCUCUCCAUUAGGUGUCCCCACAUCCGCUGUGGAGCUCAGCACCAUAGAUAGCCCUUAUGCUCAGCCCCUAACUAAGACAACGUGAGUCAGGAGGAUGAGGCCCUUGGGAUGGGUGGUUUCCCCUUUCGUCUGAGCUUGUGGCCAUGCUCUGAAAUGCAGCACUCCGGGCUCGGGUUGACUCUCCCUGCUCACGCCCUUCCCCCUCCCGCCAACUUCCUUAUUCCAGUGGGGCUAAAACCAUUGACCUCUCUGAGCCCUGAGCAGGGAGACUGGUGGGUGAACACACAAUGCAAGGGUGCCUGGAGGAACCCCAGUCCCAUUGACACCCCCCCCACCCCGGGUGUGAAUGGCCUGCAAAACAACACUACCUUACUACCUUUUCCAAGUGUUGCUGGGGAGGUUGGGCCCAUGUGUGCGCCAUGUGGGAACUGAUAGGAGCCAGCCUUUUGUGCCCAGAGCUCAAGCUUGCAAAGAGUUAUGCCUUGGUAACAUGGCAGGGGUCUGUCUCCUCUGGCUCCCAGGACUGCAGCUUUCAAUGGAGCCCCCUGGGAUCUCUGUGAGUGGGUUUGGGAUUAGCAGCAUAACAAUAAACUGCAACCUCUGGAAGCGGGUUAUUUUGUGAUGUUUUGCUUCCCUGGCCCUGUCAAUACCGAAGUGCAGAGCUACUUUCCCUGCCCUUCUGCCCCUGACUACAGUGUCUUCUCUCAGGAACUGGUGGCACCAGUGGAUGCUGGGCUCUGUGCUCGGCAGAGAAGGAGGGAGUGAGAGCACUGGUCUGACACCCAGCGCCCCAUGACACUGGAGGUCAUCUCCUCACUCCUGAGCUCUGCCCUGGCCAAGUUCUCACGCUGUACUUAUUGCUGCAGGCGCUCCCAGGUGCUCCCUGGCCCUGAACCCUCCCUGGAGCCAUUUCCAACAAAGAGCUGGCCAGUGCAAAGGAAGCAAGGACAACAGAGCAGCAACACUGCAGGCACCUGGUACAAGGUCUGGGCUUGCCCAAGUGCUACAGGGCCUGGCUUGGUCAAUCCCCUCCAGAUGGACAGAGUGCUCUGGCCAUUUUCUCAUCCCGAAAGAAUUCGCUCCCUGGGCUGGGCUUUUUCCCUCCUUUCUCUCUCUCUUUGGAGGCUCCACACAUUCUGCCUUUGAUCUUCUCCCACUGUUUGCCCAGUCGAUCAGCUCAGACGGGGUUAGAGUCUGAGGUCAGUGGCUUUUCCAUUCCAAACACCCAGACACAUCAGUGCGAGGGAGGGGAUUCAGAUUACAAACUUCCCUCCCUCCUCUCCCACCCCCACCCCACAGACAGACACACAUGCACACCCCAGACCAGCUUUCCGGCUCCGCGGGCUCUGAGUCAGUUUAUUUGUGUUGUCUGUUGAUACUCUGCAGCUUAACAAGCCCAAGAGGGUUAAGGGCGCGUUGAAAGCUGUGGCUGUAAAGCCAAAGCCCCCCUGAGCCUGGGAUUUAGAAAGCUCCUUGGCAAGCCAACUGGAUGAAGUUGGAUGGCACUUGGGAACCACAUGGACUGAUUCGUUCCCAGAAAUUGGGGGAUGUGUCUCCUCUUGUAAGGCCCCCACCUGGAACUGCUCAUGCUGGGAUCUCUUUGGACUCCUGCGCUGGGAGAUGAUCAGCACAGAGCGCUGCAGGCUGCUGCCAGCAGAGAACGAGGCAUGAAACGGAGCCCGGCAUCGGGCGUCGUGCCUGUGGGUAACAUGCCCACUGGGCACUGGGCACACUAGAGCGGGGAACUCGAGAGCACUGCACGUGAUCGCCUGGCUCAGUGAAUGUGAGUGUUUCUGCGUGAGAGGGAGCACACCCGGCGGAGAGACCUCCUGCCCGGAGAGCCAGGGGCAGACCGAUGCCUCUCUGGAGUUUCGGAGGCCGGGGGCUGAAGAGGAAAAAAGGGAAGCGGAAGCUCGCAGGGGCAAGCCAGCCAGACCCCAUGCUGGCAGCACUUGUCUUGGCUCUCCUGUCUGUCCUGGCAGAGGGGGCCAGCCUCCAGCCAAUCAGAAUGAGCCACCUGGGGGUAUGCCCCAACCAGCUGAACCCCAACCUGUGGGUGGAUGCCCAGAGCACCUGUGAGCGGGAGUGCCACACGGACCAGGACUGUGAAGGCUUUGAGAAAUGCUGCACCAAUGUCUGUGGGUUGCGGAGCUGUGUAGCAGCCCGCUAUGCCGAUGGGAGCCUCUCCUCCCUGGAGCUGGCACAGGAGGCCACAUGUGAGAGCUUUGUGUGCACCCAGCAGGGCUCAGACUGCGACAUCUGGGACGGGCAGCCCAUCUGCAAAUGCAAGGAUCGCUGCGAGAAGGAGCCCAAUUUCACUUGCGCCUCAGAUGGGCUCACCUACUACAACAAGUGCUACAUGGAUGCUGAGGCCUGCAUCCGGGGCAUCAGCCUCACCGUGGUGCCUUGCAAGUACAUCUUCACCUGGCCCAACACCAGCCCGGUGCCCCUAGAGACCACAGCCCGGCCCACCCCUGGGGCUGCUGCCGAGGUACCCAUCCCACCUGCCCUCUACAACAACCCCUUCCACCAGUCAGUCUACAUGGGUGGCACUGUGAGCUUCCACUGUGAUGUGAGUGGCCGGCCCCGGCCAGACAUCACCUGGGAGAAGCAGAGUGACCACCAGGAGAACUUCAUCAUGCGGCCUGACCAGAUGUAUGGCAAUGUGGUGGUCACCAACAUUGGCCAGUUGGUCAUCUACAAUGCUCAAUAUGAGGAUGCUGGCAUCUACACCUGCACAGCCAGGAACUCUGCCGGGCUCCUCCGUGCUGACUUUCCCCUCUCUGUCAUCAAGAGGGAGCACUCCAGCGGGGAGCCUCGCACUCCCAGCACCCAGCAAUUCCCCAACACCGAGUGCCUGAAGGAGCCAGACAAGCAGGACUGCGAGGCCCGGCAGGUGCGCUGGCACUUCGACCCCAAGAAGGGCUCCUGCAUCACCUUCCGCUAUGGUGGCUGUGGUGCCAACCAGAACCACUUUGAGACCUAUGAGGAGUGUCGCUCAGCCUGCGUGAGCAGCGCCGUCAACAUGUGUCUGCUCCCCAUGGUGCAAGGCCCCUGCAAAAACUGGGAGGCUCGUUGGGCCUACAACCACCUCAUGAAGCAGUGCCACUCCUUUGUCUAUGGUGGCUGUGAGGGCAAUGACAACAACUUCGAGAGCAAGGAGAGCUGCGAGGAUGUCUGCCCCUUCCCAAAGACCCUCCAGUGCAAGGCCUGCCGCCUGAAGAGCAAGAUGGUGCUGAGCCUCUGCCGCAGUGACUUUGCCAUCGUAGGCCGCCUCAUGGAGAUCAUUGAGGACCAGGACUCUGGCAUCGCCCGCUUCGCCCUGGAGGAUGUCCUCAAGGAUGAGAAGAUGGGCCUCAAGUUCUUCAACAUCAAGUACCUGGAAGUGACCUUGACUGACAUGGACUGGAGUUGCCCUUGCCCCAACAUGACCACAGAGGACGGGCCACUCAUCAUCAUGGGAGAGGUUCAUGAUGGCAUGGCUGUGCUGGACCCCAACAGCUACGUCCGGGCCGCCAACGACAAACGAGUGAAGAAGAUCUAUGAGUUGAUUGAGAAGAAAACUUGUGAGCUGCUUAACAGGUUCCAGGACUAGCAUAGCAGUGUUCCCUCCGCAGGUGCAGCCAGGGGGGCAUCUCUGUACAGGGCAUCCAGCCAAAUAGACAACCCAGCCUUCAUCUCUCCAACUAGCCAGUUACGAGCCAGCCCUGGGAUCAUGGAGUGAUCAUGGAGCCAGCCCUGGGAUCAUGGUUAGCUGCCUGUUUCCAGCAUCCCAAGGCCCUCAGAGUGGUCUAUCCCAAACCCAGAGACCUCAGGACACCACGAUGGACCAGUAGUUUAUUUUGUAAUGUUUGGUUGAUUGGAUUGGUUUUUUUUGUUCCCACUUUGUUCCAUGGUGAUGAGCUCAGUAACUACCUGUGUCUGACUGUAAUUUAUGUGUCCGUAUGUCUUGUCCAUGUAACUUGCCAAGUCCUGACUCUGAAUAAAAAACAUUAUCCUUAUGAAGCUGAGUAUCUCCCCUCCUCAGAGCCUUGUAUUAGCCCCAGGGCUCUGACCCUACCCAAUAGGCUAGCGCUAGGCACCGUGCCUGUAUACAGAGGUUGUGAGAUCCUGCUCAUCACAAGGCAUGGUCCCCUACUCAUCUGCAGUAGGAAGAUUCAGGCCCAGAGCAUGGGAGGCAAAAUCAUCCCCAGCAGAACUCCCCUGAUAGCAGUGGGGAGAAAGACCCCUCAGACUGCUAGCACUGACCAGGCAGGGGGGCUGGGGUGUUCAUUAGCUGGUGUCACGCUCCAUUUGCUGGGUGGGGUCCAACAGGCUUGUCCAUCCCUUCCCUGGUAAUAAAGAAUGCAGCUCCUGUGGGAACCUUGCUCAGCUUUGGGUGUGAUGGUCCCCUGCUGGACAAGAAACACCAGGGCUGCAAAUGCACUCAGCUCUUGUUCAGUGAGGCUCCCUGGUGCUGUUCUACCAUAGCAGAACCCAUGCAAGGGCUGGCCAUGCUCUAACUCCUAUAAACUAAGUUUGCUGCUCUAAUGUAUGCACAGGGCAGCUCAGCUUAGUGGCUGGCUAGAGCUGGAUGCUACAUUCACGGAGAGCCCAUUCAUGGAGAGCUGUCUAACCAGGCACUGAGCUCGUCCACAUAGACUCAUACAUAGCACAGCUCAUGGCUGGGUGGGUCCAGAAAGCCCUUGCUUGCACUGCAGAACUCUUCCUGGGGCAGCUUCCUAAGGUGUUGCAAGCACCCCAGCAAGAGGGAACCCCUUGUCUCCUACCUGUGGACCUUGCUUUGGAAGCAGUGUUUCUGGGAAAGGCUCCCCUUGAGCUUCCCAUAGGGAAGAGCAAGUAACCAGGCAAGGGCUUUAGUUAGCAACAGACUGAGCUACAAAGGGUGUUAUAGAGAGAACAGCCUGGAGGCAGCUGCCCUGCAGUCAGGAGGACUGAGUGGGGGACAAGAGUGAAAGGCAGGCAACUCCUAUAAUUUGUGGGCCUCAGAUUUCUGCUUCACUGCAUGGGAGAAACUGGCUCUUCCAGCUACCGAUUUCAGCAGCAUGGGAUGAGCUGACAAGGUGGGACAGGAGAUGCAGAUCAGUAAUCCAUUCCCCCUGCACUGUUCCCAACUGAAAUGUGCUAGAUCUCAAACCUGUACUGCCAGCAGAGGCAAACAGCCCCUACCUCUUCCCCCACC